UAGUGUUGUGUAACUGAUUUUAACUUACCAUCGACUCUAUGUUUUUUUUACCUUUUUUUUAAAAUAUUUGUUUUUAUUUAGCUUUUAUGGGAACGUGUUUUUAGAUUAUUUGUUGAUUUAUUUUAAAAAGCUUUUUUCAUAAUAAAGGUUUUAAUAAUUAUAUUCGAUGGUCUUACAUAAAGCGGCAGCUUUUCCAAUUUUUUUUACAGAGUCAUUACGCCCUUGAGUUUAAACAUGAUUGUGAUGCGUCGCUUGCCUGUGGGUUGGUGUGCAAGACAGUCAAAGACACUUGUAGGCGGGGUGUGCCGUGCAAUGUCAAGCGGCGACAGUGAGGUGCUAUUGGAUUCAGUGGGAAACAAGGGAGUCAUCACCCUAAAUCGUCCCAAAGCCCUCAACGCGCUGAACCUCACCAUGGUGAGAAAGAUCACGGCCGCUUUGAGGGACUGGGAGUCGAGCAAGUCUCUGGUCAUCAUAAAAGGCGCGGGAGAGAAAGCGUUUUGCGCUGGGGGCGAUGUCAGGGCAGUCACGGAAGCUGGCCUGAGGGGGGAUAAACUCGGAGAAGAUUUUUUCAAGGAAGAGUUCACCUUGAACAGCCUGAUCGGGACGUACCACAUCCCUUACGUGUCCUUCAUAGAUAAGAUCACGAUGGGCGGUGGGGUGGGGUUGUCCGUGCACGGAGCGUACCGAGUCGCCACGGAGAGGACUCUGGUCGCCAUGCCCGAAUCUGCGAUAGGGUUCAUUUGCGAUGUUGGCGGUAGUUACUUCCUGCCUCGCCUCGGAGGCAAACUGGGGUUGUUCCUGGGUCUGACCGGGCACCGGCUCAAAGGCUCGGACGUGCUGAAGGCCGGCAUCGCAACUCAUUAUGUGGAGAGUUCGCAGCUAGACGACCUAGAGCGGUCUCUGCUGGAGAAAGGGAACACCGUACGAGACAUUGAGAAAAUUUUAGGAGAAUUUUCCCAACGGGAUGUUGCAGAAUUCAGCCUGUUACCUCAUUUGAAACAGAUAAAUCAUUGUUUCUCUGCGCCUACUGUGGAGGAUAUAAUUAUGAGACUGAAGGAAGAAGGAUCCGAAUGGUCACUCGGUAUGUUGCAAGUGCUGCAGAAAGUUUCUCCCACAUCAUUGAAACUGAUCAAAAGGACGUUGGAAGAAGGUGCGACAAAAUCACUCCAGGACUGUUUGAUCAAUGAGUUCAGAGUUGCUUGCCAUUGCUUGAAGGGUCACGACUUUUUUGAAGGUGUGAGAGCCUUGUUGAUUGACAAGGACAAGCCCAAGUGGAAGCCGGCCAGCUUGGAAGAAGUCACGGACGACUUUGUCGCCUCCUUUUUUGCCCCCCUUCCGCCGGACCAAGAACUGGUGCUGUGACCGGCAGGAAUCUCGAGUCCGGGAUGAGGUUCAAUUACGUAACGACAAUAAUGCUGCCUUACGAUGGAGUAUCUGUGCAAGAGAUUGUCAUUCUGGUAACUUUAUACUUGCUGAUUUGGAUCUAACGUCACCACAGCCGAAUAACUCUCUCCUGAGAUGCAAUGCUCGGUGGAGCAUCCACAUCCUGAACCUAAGAUAGCUUAUCUUGCCACAUGGAGUCCUGCCCACUCACUCUGUUUGAUUGGUUGUUUAUUUUCCAUACCUGUGUUUCAUUACAGUUUACUUUGAAGUGCAACAGUUAUGUAUUGGUGGUGCACAAAUAAGUGUUUCUUGCUAAUUGCUUCCUGUUAAGUUAAGUGCAGCAUGGGCAUCAGCCAUGGAUAAACCAUGACCAAUGUUUUUUUGUACUAUCAGAGGAGAUGUAUACAUAACUUCCCCCUAUUUUCAGUCAAACUAUCAAGAUGAGUGGUGUUACCUAACUGAACACUCUCAAGAGAUUGUAAGAACCCUUGGAAAGUUUAGAAGUAUCAGAGGUAGAUGUAAAUAUAUUGAGGUUGGAUGGGUAACAGGAAGGUAUAGAUGAUUGAUCAUGUUCAUCUUUGUAAUUAUUGAUAAUAGAUGUAACACAUAUUUUAUGUUCUUAAA